AUGGAAUAUUCAGCCGACAAAUUUUCUACCUCACUAGAAUCUGAAGGUCCAUCGAUGGGCACAUGUCGUGUAAAGUUCUUUAUCGGAGACAUGGCUCUUAGGGUCUCACUAUUUGCAGCAACAGUCAUUGGAGUUGUUUUCAUGGUGACCAGCAAGCAGACAGAGCUUGUGGCCGUUCCAGGAGCUCCGGUGGGAGUGAAGAUUCCACUUACAGCAAAGUUUAAUCAAGAACCGGCCUUUGUAUAUCUCGUGAUAGCUUUAUCGAUUUUGAUUUUUGGGGUGGUAGUUUCAGCAACAGGAGCAGCCGGUGCCGUGGGAUAUGUUGGAUGGAAGGGGGAUGGUCAUGUUGGAUGGUCAAAAGUAUGCCCUAUUUAUGACAAGUUUUGUGGUCAUGCAGUAAAAUCCAUCGCUAUGUCACUUCUUGCGGCCGUUAUUCUUGUUUUACUCAACAUACAAUCCAUAUUCUCUCUACACAAACAGGCUCAUGAUUAA